AUUCUAUGCACUGCAAGUAAGCCCAAACUGAAUGUCAUCCUCUCCCUGAUGUUGAAAAUCCAAACAGAUAUUUACCCAUUUUUGCUUCAUGUCUUUUUUUCUCCAGCCGACUACGCGACAGCAGUGCACAAAUGUGAAAAAUUAACCCGCACGGCGCAACUGACGUCGGAGAGCGAGGUGGACGACAUCGUUCCGUUGCGUCCUAUGGAUGCUUCCAUGGAUGAAUCCUUGGAGCGUGGUUGUCUGCCACCAUUUCCGGAUGCAGAGAGGAACGUCUCCACAGUUGCUGAUCAUGGGCAGCGGCCUGGCUGCAGUCAUUACAGAAACCCCUCACAAGAUAUAUCACACGUGAUCCUACGAGAGCUGCUCAAACUGAAGACCGACGUGACAGAGAUCAAGGCAAGGAUCCAGGCUCUCCAGGAAUCGGAGCGACGACCACCAGCCCAGAACUCCUGCUUGCCACCUGCGGAGACGCCAGCCUUCCCUCUUCGUAACAAGGACGAUGUGGCGGCUCUAGAGUCCCGGAUUGUUGAAGGAGGCUACCGCCAAACUCUUGUAAGACUGUUGGUUUACUCGAGGGCCAUUUUUCGGGGAUGUGUUUCAUCGCAUGCUACUCUAGAAUUUUUUUUUUUUUUUUUGCAAUUCUAUUCUUUGUUUCGUCUUGCUCAGGUUGAAUGGCUGUCCAAGAUUGGAGGCAAUACGACGCGUGAAGCCGCUGUCCGCGUUCUACGUGCCACCCUGACGGACGAAUUGGCGUCCCAGUAUAGCUGGUUUGGAGCCAAAGGAAAGGUGCAGUUUGGCACACUGCAACUUGCUAGCGUCUUAUAUGACGCUGUCACCGCCACUGGAGCCAUAACAAAGAAGGACUUCCAAGUCACCACGAUGGGCUGGAUGAAGCAUGCGCGUCAGCGAGUGGAGCAGAAGCAAAAAAAGGCUGGGACUGCGAUGGAGGGCUCCAGAGCUCCCUCUCCCCUGGAAGGCGAUCGCUGAUUUUGUAACAAAGCAAUGUUUUUGUACAGAGCAAUAAAAUGCUGAUCAAUUGGAA